AGCGCUGGAGCAGAGAGGAGGAGCCUCGGGCACGGAGCGGGUGGAGUCGGAGGGCGGUGGAGGCGGAUUUCCUGGGAGGGCUCUCUGGAGCUAACCAUGGCGUUUGGGAAGAGUCACCGCGAUCCCUACGCUACCUCUGUGGGUCACCUCGUAGAGAAGUCUACCUUUGCUGGAGUUCAGACUGAAGAGUGGGGCCAGUUCAUGCACAUCUGUGACAUAAUUAACACCACGCAGGACGGGCCAAAAGAUGCAGUCAAAGCUUUGAAGAAAAGGAUCUCCAAAAACUACAACCACAAAGAAAUCCAACUUUCCUUAUCACUCAUUGACAUGUGCAUGCAGAACUGUGGUCCAAGUUUCCAGUCUCUGAUUGUGAAGAAAGAGUUCAUUAAAGAUACUCUAGUUAAGCUGCUGAAUCCCAGAUACACCUUACCGUUGGAGACUCAGAACAGAAUCUUGAAUUUCAUUAAGACUUGGUCCCAGGGCUUCCCGGGAGGUGUAGAUGUCAGUGAAGUGAAGGAAGUGUAUCUUGACCUGCUGAAGAAAGGAGUUCAAUUCCCGCCCUCGGAUGGAGAGCCUGAGACAAGGCAGGAGGCUGGUCAGCUCUCACCAAAUCGACCGACAUCUGUCCCCACUGCGCCUGCUCUUUCUUCUAUAAUUGCUCCCAAGAACCCGACUAUUUCCCUAGUCCCAGAACAGAUCGGGAAGCUGCACAGUGAACUGGAUAUGGUGAAAAUGAAUGUGAAAGUGAUGACAGCCAUACUGAUGGAGAACACUCCUGGGUCUGAAAACCAUGCGGACAUCGAGCUCCUGCAGAAACUUUACAAGACGGGUCGGGAGAUGCAGGAAAGGAUCAUGGACCUGCUGGUGGUAGUGGAAAACGAAGAUGUGACUGUGGAGCUAAUUCAGGUGAAUGAGGAUCUGAAUAAUGCCAUCCUUGGAUACGAGAGGUUUACUCGAAACCAAAAAAGGCUUUUGGAACAGAGGCGGAACCCGACGGAAGCCACCAAUACUCACAACGAGCCCUCUGCUCCUUCCUGCGAUCUCCUCGACCUAAGUCCCAUCUCGCCAGCGCCUACGUCCAAUGAGGGAGCGCUCAACUCCGUGAACGCACAGCUUUCAGGCCUAAGUGUCAGCUCUCCGAGUCCUGUUAUAAGAAACAACUUGUAUCCCAGUCUUCAGCCAGAGAUGGAUUUACUAGCAUCAGAAGAUACAGAAGUACAAACCUUGUUUCCCCAGAGGACCAGCCAAAACCUCGCCUCAAGUCACACAUAUGAUAAUUUUCUGGAACACUCCAAUUCAGUAUUACUACAGCCAGUUACCCUACACACUGCUGCAGCAGCACCAUCGAACCAGAGGCUGCCACCCUUGCCAAACAAUCAUCCAGUGAUAAAAAACAGUGAUCUUCCGCCACCCAAUUACUACGAGGUAAUGGAGUUUGAUCCCUUAGCUCCUACUACAGAAGCUGUUUAUGAAGAAAUUGAUGCUUACCACCAGAAAGGAGCUCAAAGUCAUAGUGACUGCUGAGAUUCAUGAGCAGCUGAGCAUCACAAAGGGCCAGCUCUCUAAACUGAGGCCUGAAAGACAAGACCUGCCAACAGGGAAGCCUCAGUGGACCAUUUCUCUGCUGGAAGCUUCAACAGAAGAGUUAACACUUUGUGGCCAACACUGCUGUUCCUGACAAUGGCUUGAAAUUUCAGGAAAAUCUGCUUGUGAGGAAAACUGCCUAGUACUAGGCCAACUGGUUAAACUGUGGACUCUUGUGUUCUGCAGGCAAUGCCACCAGUACAAAUGACAGAUCUAAGAUAGGGGUACUUUAAGAUCGAUCAUCCUACUAUAAAACAUUGUAAACAGAUGGGGAAAGGAAGAAAAUGUGUGCCUUUAUUUAACUGAAUCUGAAUGUAGAAUUCAGUUUGUACUUGUUUAUAAAUAACAUUUUGGUUUAGAAUUGCUUGAAAGACUUGUUUAAUUAUAUUUCAAGUGCCUGAGAAGGGCAAGACAUCAAGGCAUCAGGUGGCCUUAGGUGUAGUUCUUUAUAAUGUUAAACAUUCUUGCCUUUUAUUAUACUUUACAUUUGGAUUUGAAACAAAGACUACUGGAAAACGGACAGUGCAUCAUUUACAUAAAAUUAAAUUACUAUUAAUUUGU